AUGGUGGAAGAGGCAAAGCCGAGACGUGAUAAUCGUGACAGUGCUGGUAGUGGCAGAGGUGGUGGUGGGAGGAGUGGUGGUAGAGAUGGUGAUGGUAGGUUUGGUGGUAGACGUGGAGGUGGCCGCGGUGGUGGUGACCGUUUUGGAGGUGGUGGCCGUUUUGGAGGUGGUGGCAGAGGUCGUGGAACACACAGCAAACCUAGCUUAGCUACUGCUGGGACAGGGAAGAAGACAACAUUUGGUGAUGAAUAGGAACGGCAAGAGUGGGCUUUUGAAGUUGCCUUUAUUAUGUUCACUUUACGUGUUUUACGUUUGAAUUAUGAGAUUAUGCGAGUUUUUCGCAUGUAAUUUUUGUUCUGGCGGGUUCAACAUCUAGAUGUUUAUCGCUACAAAAAUUUGUUUAGUUCCUGAAGAUUCAAGAUGAAUUAUUUUCAGUUUUCUUCUAUUUACGAAAUUCUGUUUCCUUUAGAUAAACAUUUAGGACUCUUUUGGUUGCCAUGUUAUGGAGGAUAUUUGUUG